AUGCCUGAUUUUUGGGUGAAGUUAUUUGGAGAAGAUGCAAAAGUCAAGCCUGGUGAUAUAAGCGAUCUUUUACUCUCCAAAAAGGCUGAUCAAAAGGAGUGGAGGUUAAAACUAGCUUUGUUGCUUAUCGUAGAUGGUUUGCUUCUCCCUACCUCCGGGCAAAUGCUUAUUCCGGAAGAUCACAUUAAGAUGGUUGAUGAUGUCCCUCAAUUUUUAAAGCAUCCUUGGGGGAGAGCGUCAUUCAUUCUAACGAUGGCAUCUAUAAAAGCUCGAAAAAUAGAUAAAUAUGUUCAGACAUCUGUUAAGUUCCAAGGGUUCCCCCAUGGCUUCCAACUUGUCAUUUUGGAUUGCAUACCACAAUUAGUUUGUAACAAUGAUGAACAACAUCUUAACAACCCCCCAAUCCGGAAAAAAGGGCAGAGGAGGAGCACUACAAAUGUUAACAGAACCAGAGAUGGUGCUAUGACAACCACUAUUCUCGAUGUCCCUUUUGUCCGGAGAAUUGAGAAAGAGUUCAAGCCUGAUGUUAUUCCGAUUUUACCGGCACGAUCUGGUGAUUUUCCUGAAGAUGACUGCAAACUGCCUGAUGUAGUUGAUGAAUCGGUCCUCUAUCUUUUGGAGUUGAUUGAGAAAGGGCAUACGUUCACUCCCAAUUCUUGGGUUGGUGGUGUUCGUGCCCAAGAUAUUAAGACGAAGGGUAAAGGAAAGCUUACAGUUGACGAUGAUUUAGUAGAACGCAUUGCUGCACGGGUAGAGUCCAGGAUAUCUAGUAUUAUUACUAAGACCAUACGGACCACACUCAUCUCAGUUCUUCAAAAGGGUGAUUCAACUGCUAUUUUGAAUGAACUUAUCAGCGAGGAGAAGAACUUUGGUGUUAGUAACGGUACCUCAGAGAGGAUGAGUCCUCCUCCAAUGGAACAUCUGAGGAGAAAGAAAAAGAUUCCGGAACUGACAGUAAAACGGAAAAGAGCAAAAUCCCCGGCCACAUGUUUGGAUGAUAGUAGCUCUGUUGAAUCAGAUGAUACGUAUGAAGAAUUAGUACUUCCCGCCUCAGAUGAUCUUGAUACUACAGUCAUGGAUGUUGUUCAGUCAGUACUAGCUGCGAAUGCCGAAGAGGAGCUUGUUCAAGGAAACAGUCAUCCACCUGAUGUUCAUAAGACUCCCGAGAGACAUGCACAAUCAGUGGUUGUUUCUACUUCUAGCUUCAAGCUUCUUCAAUCUCAAGAACUUUCUCAGCCAAUUGGGAAAGAACAGGCUCCUACAAGUUAUGAAGGCGUCAAUAAUGUGGUUCUCCAAUCAGGGAACACAUUAUCUGGUACCACCAACGAACCAACCAUAAACCAAGAUGGCAAGGAAGGCGCUCAUGGUUCCCCCCGUCUGGCUGAUGGAAACACUACACUGACCCAGACAAAGAUAUCUUCUGUCUGUGUAGGCGUCGAUAAUGCGGUUCUCCAAUCAGGGAACACAUUGUCUGAUGGCAAGGAAGGCGCUGAUUGUGUGUUGCCUCAGGCUGAUGGUAACACCGAACCAACCAUAAACCAACAUGGCAAGGAAGGCUUUCAUGGUUCCUCCCCCCCUCUGGCUGAUGGAAACACUACACUCUCCCCAGACAAAGAUGGCACGGAUGGCAAGGAAAGUGUUCAUGGAUCGUCCCCUCAGUCUGAUGAAUGUAUCCCACCUACCGUUGAGCAGCCACAACCAAAACUGAAGAAGAAAGUGCGUAUUCAAGGACCAACACAGCCAUCACGUAAGACUUUACGUAUCCAGGAAGGUUUAGUUAACCCAGGCCCCCAGCAGCAAUCCCCAUAUGUUGACGCCAAGUCUCAGAAAAAGUUAGCUAAUAACAAGAGUUCGAAGGGUGAUACGGCAAAGACUACUUCACUAGUCACUGGAAAAAAUGAAAAGGAAACAAUUAAGGCACCUCCUGCUCAUGAUCCCUUUGAGGAUUUACCACAGUAG